CUCCUGUCUAUACGCUCAACAUCAACAGGCACCUUCGAGAGCGCCUCUUAAGUAUGGAGGUUCCGUGAUUGUAGUCUCAUUUUGUGCGUAUUUCACUGCGUGUCGGAUCUUACCAGAAGUUUGUGUAUAUCGCCAACCCGAGGACUUCGCACACAAUGAAACCAUCCCCAUCUAUCGCUAUUAUCGGAGCCGGACCAAGUGGGCUCGUCUUCGCACGUCUCCUCGAGGUAAACGGCAUCACAGAUUAUGUUGUCUUCGAGCGUGAUGAGUCAUCUACACCAGGCCUGUGGCAGCAAGGAGGCACCCUCGACCUGCAUGGCUCCUCCGGUCAACUCGCGCUGAAACGCGCCGGCUUGUUCGACAGGUUCAGCAAAGACUUUGCGCGUUGGGAUGCUUCACGGAUGCAUGUGCUGGACCACAGAGGGACUACAAUCACCUGCUUCGGCGAAGAUGAUAAUGCUGACCGUCCUGAAAUUGAUCGCCUGCAACUUCGACAGCUUCUUCUCGACUCAAUACCUGCCCACAAGAUCCGCUGGGGUCACGCAUUUGCGAACGGCACCUCCGCGUCCGGAUUUCGAUUGAUUGUUGGCGCAGAUGGCGCAUGGAGCAAGGUCCGGCGUCUGCUCACUUCGGCCCAGCCGAGCUAUUCGGGGAAGAUGUUCAUUGAGGGUCGCUUAUUGCAUAACAACCCAAGCCACAAGUCAGCUAGUGAGAUCGCUGGACCCGGAAGCAUGAUAGCGCUCGGCAAUAGGAAGAAACUUGCAGUGCAGCAAGUCGCCGAUGGCACAUAUCGUGUCUACUUCGGGCUGGUUGUGUCUGAGAGUUUCCACCAGCAUUGUGGGAGAUCCGGGACUGCAGACCUUAACGGCAAGACAGAGGCACUGCGCGAUUUGCUGCUGUCUAGUGAAUUUUAUGCCACCUAUGCCUCACAGCUCAAGGAAUUAGUUGGGAAUGCUGAAGGUCCAUUCCGUCCCUGGCCGCUGUACCGCAUGGAUCCAGAAGCAGUUGGCUGGGCUCGUAGCGUGGCCCCUGGGGUGACGUUGCUGGGGGAUGCUGCACACGUCUCCACUCCGUUUGUUGGAGAAGGCGUCAACUGUAGCAUGCACGAUGCGGUGGUGUUAGCCGAUUGUAUUGUCAAGCACUGCAAAAGAGAAACAGAUCUCACGAUUUCAGUGGGAGCGGAAUUGGAAGAGGCUCUGGCCGCAUACGAAGAGGACAUGUUUGUACGGGGCCGUGAUUUGAUCCGCCGCAGCAGUGACAGUGAGGCCACGCUGUUUGCUGACAAUGCUGCACAGCAGUUUUACAAUUUCAUGAGCACCUUUGCCGCUGGAAAGGACCAGGGAGAGUGA